AUGGCGAGUAGUGCUGCUCCACCAAGUCCAAGGAAUAACUUGGGGAUGUUGACGCCGAAGGAAGAGCCGUCAGCUCAAAUCGAUAUCUCCGAGAAAGAAUUAUUCGCAACUGUCGCACCAGCACCUCCGUACUCGGUCUUCUCUCGGCCUAAGAAAAUCUUCAUCCUCGCAGUGGUCACUGUGGCCGGUUUUUUGGGCCCAUUGGCAGGAAAUAUAUACCUUCCGGCCUUACCUGUCCUCGAACGCGAGUUCCAUGUUAGCACUGCAGCAAUUAAUACUACCGUAUCAGUGUUCAUGGCCGUGUUCGGCUUCGGGCCUCUCUACUGGUCAAGCUAUGCGGACUGGAAGGGAAGACGACCGUUAUAUAUAAUCUCCCUGGUAGUAUAUAUUGUCGCCAAUGUCUUGCUAGCUGCCCUGCCGGCGAACUUCGGUGCUCUGGUGUUUCUUCGAAUCCUCCAGGCAUUUGGGUCAUCAGCAGUGGUGUCCAUGGGCGCAGGCACAGUAUCUGACAUCACGGAACCCAAGCGAAGGGCGAGAGCAAUGUCUUAUUUCAUGCUUGGUCCCCAGUGCGGUCCAAUCUUAGGCCCGAUCUUGGGAGGUGCAUUAGCUGGAAACGUGAGCUGGAGAUGGGUAUUUGCGCUCUUGGCAAUAUUGGCAGCUGCCCUAUGGCUCGUCAUGCUGCUCUUCCUGCCAGAGACUCUCCGUGCCCGAGUAGGCAACGGACAGUUAUACAGUACAAAAGGCUGGAUACUGUGGCCGCCUAGUCCCUUUUCUCCCCUCAUCCCUGAAUUCGAACGCGGUUCUCCGCCAGCAAGACCUACUUUAAAAGGUUAUUGGCGACUAUUCACAUAUCUCCCUAUUGCGAUUGUGUCUGUUAACACAGCCGUUCUCUAUUCGUCCUAUUUUGGAAUCGCUGUCCAGCUUCCUACGGCUCUUGAGGACAUAUACCACUGGAAUUCCACGCAGGUCGGAGGCGGCUACGUAGCUGUUAGUGUCGCAAUGGUAGUUGGCUCCAUCGCCGGGGGUAGAUGGUCUGACUGGCGACGGGCUCGCAUGGUCAAGAUUCUAGGACAGGAUAAUGUCGAUCCAGAGGCUAGACUCCGCGACCAGAUCUGGGGUAUCUUUCCAUGUGUUGGUGGCCUGGUAAUGUUCGGAUGUUGGAUUCGGCAUGUCCUGGAUCUUCGUUACAAGCAACGCAUUCCUGACGGAAUACUUGGUAGUAGGCCUCGCCAGGACCUCUAA